AAAAAAGAGAAAAGGCAAACCAAACCCACACAAAACAUGUUGUGCGGAAGGACUUCCACUCCCUGGCUGUGCUGUUAAGGAUCAGGAAGAGCCUUUGGGGGCUGCAGGAUCUCACUAGGCUGAUGCUGCUGCUCAAGGAUUUGGUGCAGGGAGACAAAACUGCUGCCUCUUCCAUCCGCUGAUCUCAACAUCUGCAUUUUCCUGCUGCUGUGCUCCCUCUCACACCCUCUCUCCAUGGACUGAUUUUUUUGAUUUUUUUUUUCCCCCCCUUUUUUUUUUUUUUUUGGGUGGGGAGGGGGGAAGGACGAGCAGAAAAUCGAGGCAUCGCGUGGAGAGGAGUGAAAUUGCCCUUUAUAUCUCGCGUUCCGGGGGGAUCUCUUUCGGAGGUGAAGCUUUUUUGGAAAAGAAAACAUGACGUCGCCAGCAAAAUUCAAAAAGGAUAAGGAGAUCAUAGCCGAGUAUGACACUCAAGUUAAAGAGAUCCGUGCCCAAUUGGUAGAGCAGCUGAAAUGCCUUGACCAGCAGUGUGAGCUUCGGGUCCAGUUACUGCAGGACUUGCAGGAUUUCUUCCGCAAGAAGGCAGAGAUUGAGAUGGAUUACUCAAGGAAUUUGGAGAAGUUGGCUGAGAGAUUCCUGGCUAAAACUAGGAGCACCAAAGACCAGCAAUUCAAGAAGGAUCAGAACGUGCUGUCGCCAGUGAACUGCUGGAACCUGCUGCUCAAUCAGGUGAAGAGGGAGAGCAGGGACCACACCACCCUCAGUGACAUCUAUCUCAACAACAUCAUCCCCCGCUUUGUGCAGGUCAGCGAGGACUCAGGACGCCUCUUCAAGAAGAGCAAGGAAGUGGGAUUGCAGCUCCAGGAAGACUUGAUGAAGGUCUUGAAUGAACUCUACACGGUGAUGAAAACCUACCACAUGUACAACGCCGACAGCAUCAGCGCCCAGAGCAAGCUGAAGGAGGCCGAGAAGCAGGAGGAGAAGCAGAUUGGGAAGUCUGUGAAACAGGAGGACAAGCAGACCCCCCGCUCCCCCGACUCCACCUCCAACGUCAAGUUCGAGGAGAAACACGUCCGGCGAAGCUCCGUCAAAAAGAUCGAGAAAAUGAAGGAGAAGCGCCAAGCAAAGUACACAGAGAACAGGCUGAAGGCCAUUAAGGCAAGGAAUGAGUAUCUGCUGGCCCUGGAAGCCACCAAUGCCUCGGUGUUCAAGUAUUACAUCCAUGACCUGUCUGAUCUCAUUGAUCAGUGCUGUGACCUGGGCUACCACGCCAGCCUCAACAGAGCCCUGAGGACGUUCCUGUCGGCCGAGCUGAACCUGGAGCAGUCGAAGCACGAGGGGCUGGACGCCAUCGAGAACGCCGUGGAGAACCUGGACGCCAACAGCGACAAGCAGAGGCUGAUGGAGAUGUACAACAACGUCUUCUGCCCCCCCAUGAAGUUCGAGUUCCAGCCACACAUGGGUGACAUGGAGUCCCAGCUGUGUGCCCAGCAGCCAGUCCAGAGCGAGUUGGUGCAGAGGUGUCAGCAGUUGCAGUCCAGGUUAUCUACACUGAAGAUUGAGAAUGAAGAGGUUAAGAAGACCAUGGAAGCCACUCUCCAGACAAUCCAGGACAUUGUCACCAUAGAGGACUUUGAUGUCUCGGACUGUUUCCAGUACAGCAACUCCAUGGAGUCUGUGAAAUCCACUGUCUCAGAAACCUUCAUGAGCAAACCCAGCAUUGCCAAGAGAAGGGCCAACCAGCAGGAGACAGAGCAGUUCUACUUCACUAAAAUGAAGGAGUACCUGGAAGGCAGGAACCUGAUAACGAAGCUCCAAGCCAAGCACGACCUUCUCCAGAAGACCCUGGGAGAAAGUCAGCGGACUGACUGCGCCCUAGCCAGUGGCAGGCGCAGCUCCACCGUGAGGAAGCAGGAUUCCUCCCAAGCCAUUCCCUUGGUUGUGGAGAGCUGCAUCCGAUUCAUCAGCAGGCACGGUUUGCAGCAUGAAGGAAUAUUCCGGGUGUCUGGGUCACAAGUUGAAGUGAACGACAUAAAAAAUGCAUUUGAGAGAGGGGAAGAUCCCUUGGCUGGGGACCAGAAUGACCACGACAUGGAUUCAAUAGCAGGAGUCCUGAAGCUCUAUUUUCGAGGGCUGGAGCACCCACUCUUCCCCAAGGAUAUCUUUCAUGAUCUGAUUGCCUGUGUCACAAUGGAUAAUUUACAGGAGAGAGCUCUGCACGUGCGGAAGGUGCUGCUGAACCUGCCCAAGACCACCCUGAUUGUGAUGAGAUACCUCUUUGCAUUCCUCAACCAUUUAUCUCAGUUCAGUGAAGAAAACAUGAUGGAUCCCUACAAUUUAGCCAUCUGCUUUGGGCCAACGCUGAUGUCAGUGCCUGAAGGUCACGACCAAGUCUCUUGCCAGGCUCAUGUCAAUGAAUUGAUCAAAACCAUCAUCAUCCAACAUGAGAACAUCUUCCCAGGCCCAAGGGAGCUGGAGGGUCCAGUCUAUAGCAGAGGUGGAAGCACAGAGGAUUACUGUGAGAGUCCCCAUGGGGAGAGAGCCUCCACAGAAGACUCGGUGCAGGACGUCACGGCCGAGCACCACACCAGUGAUGAUGAGUGUGAGCCCAUAGAAGCAAUAGCAAAGUUUGACUACCUUGGCAGGACAGCACGAGAGCUGUCCUUCAAGAAAGGAGCCUCCCUCCUGCUCUACCAGCGGGCCUCGGACGACUGGUGGGAGGGACGGCACAACGGGAUCGACGGCCUCAUCCCCCACCAGUACAUCGUCGUCCAGGACACUGAGGAUGGAAUCUCAGAAAGGUCCAGCCCGAAGUCUGAAAUAGAAAUAAACUCUGAGCCACCGGAAGAAAAAGUGACAGCCAGAGCUGGUGCCAGCUGCCCGAGCGGGGGGCACGUCGCAGAUAUUUACCUUGCAAACAUCAACAAGCAAAGAAAGAAACCAGAGUCAGGCAGCAUCAGAAGAGCCUUCCGUCAAAGUGACAGCCAUGGACUAGGUAGUUCACUGGCAGAACCAGCCUCCCCCGGAGCCAUAGCCGGUUCCAGACCCUCAUCUCAGCCCAUUAUGAGCCAAAGUCUUCCCAAGGAGGUUCCAGAUAAAUGCUCCAUCAGUGGCCACGGCAGCCUCAAUUCCAUCAGCCGACACUCUUCGCUGAAGAACAGGAUCGACAGCCCCCAGAUCCGGAAAACUGUCACAGCAGGGAGGUCCAAGAGCUUCAACAACCACCGGCCCAUGGACCCCGAGGUCAUUGCACAGGACAUUGAAGCCACCAUGAACUCUGCUCUGAACGAGCUGCGGGAGCUGGAGAGGCAGAGCAGCGUCAAGCACACGCCGGACGUUGUCCUGGACACCCUGGAGCCCUUGAAAACGUCCCCCGUGGUGGCCCCCACCUCGGAACCCUCCAGCCCUCUGCACACCCAGCUCCUCAAGGACUCUGAGCCGCCCUUCCAGCGCAGUGCCAGCACGGCCGGGGACAUUCCGUGCACCUUCCGGCCCGUCAAGUCCGUCAAAAUGGCCACGCAGGUGAAACCUCCGGCCACCCGCCCCAAACCCGCCGUGUUCCCCAAAACCAGCGCCACGAGCCCCGGCGUGGCCUCCUCCGCCUCCCAGCAGCCCCCUGACAAGUCCUGUACUGUGUGAUGAACUCGGGGCUGCUCCGUGGAGACGGCUCUUACCGCUGCGGAUGGAGAGACUCCGUUACAAAGACGUUAAAAUUCCUAUUUAAGUGAUUUUUUUUUUUUUUUCCUGAACUUGAAGGUUUAGUUGAGAAACUGCCACUCGCUCUUCCCGGGAGCGAACUGAGCGGUAACAACCUCGUCCCACGUCCCCACAUGGCUGAUGUGUGUGGGGCAAAGCGGUUCCUGCCACGCUCGGGGAAAUCCGGAGUCGGGUCACUGUGAAGCUGAGCAGGAAAACACACACAGGAGGGAUGAGUUGGAUCUUGGUUUCUGGUUGAUGCCUUGUCCAAGUGUUUGGCCGCUGAAAGAAACACUCAGUGGCAUCCUGUUUUUGGAUACUGGUGUAGUGACUUAUAUAUUCUGUGUUUCAUUUAUCACAGGGAAACAAUAGGAUAGAUUUUAGUCUCUUGCAUGUUUUGGUGCCACUGGUUAACGUGGAGCUUGGACAUGCCUGUUUCUUGUGCAUUAUUAUUAUUAUUAUUAUUCUGUCGCCCGCCGGUGCCACGGUGGUUUAAGGGUCUGUCUCGACUUCCAUCACAUCCUCUGGUUUUGUUUGUUUGCUCCCCCUUCCUUCCCCCUCCCCGGGGCCAGAGCCCUUGACCAUCCAGCCUCAUGCUUUAGUUGACACUUGUCAUGAAAAAUAGUUUACUCUGGAACACUCUUAGAUUUUUGUGGAGUUCUACGUAACGUGUGUCUGUGCAAAUAUAAACAAACCUGCUCCUGAGGUUUAGGAGCAUAACAAAGAGCCCAGUUGUUGCUUAUGGACAAUCGAGCUGGUUUUUCCCCCCUCUGCUCUCCCGUAUUUAAAAACAACUUUAUUGUUUCAGCGUGACUUCCAGCCCGUGGGCUCUGACGUGGUGUGUGCUCUCGGGAGACUGAAUGUAAAAAACAAGUUCAUUUGGAAAACUCAAGCAUCCCCUGACAGGAGCCCGCUUCCUAACGCACACAGUCCUCGGUCUGAUCACAUGUCAGGAUGGAUCCUCACCAAAAUCCCAGUGACAAGCACUGUAAAAAAAAAAAACCACAACUUCUAUCAGAAGUUCUCAAACUUCCUACCUUCUCCCUCUUUCUGGUUGCCAACGCUUCGGUCGGUGGCCGUGACUCGAUUUAGGGAUCUCUGCUCUUAUAGAGCAGGGCAGGAAACGCCGCUGGGGACAGUGAUGUGACAGCACACGUGGCUUCUGGAGUGGCUUGCCUGCGUGUCCCUUGGCGUGGCUCCUCCCUAGGACUCGGACCUGUGAAUGGAUUCGUGGUAUUUGUAUUUAUCUGUAGGCAGCAAACGCUCCAGCUGCCCACAGGCUGCAAGGACUCUUUUGUACUCCUCUGGGAAUUCUCCACAAUGCUCAUGUUUAUUUAAUUUAAUAAUAAUAAUAAUAAUUAAAAACAAACAAACAAA